AUGGCCCAGAUGCGCGGUCCUCGGUUCGUGUCCAUGGCGCGCCGUAACCCAACCGCCAACCGCUGCUGCUAUGGUAGUAGCCUGCCCACCUGCCGUAGGUACAUGCGGCAGGACAGGCAGGACAGGCAGACAGACAGGCAUGCUGCUCUCCACGCUACCACGUCGAAGGUACAGUACUUUGGUGCGGCGAAGCUUGAUAAAGAGCCAAAGAAGGUAAGAGAAAGUUUGCAACCUCUUCGCCGAUCCAAUUCAUUCUAUUCUCUUCUUCUUCGUGUCUGUUCUGAUCUGUGGCUAUUCUUCUUCUCCACCAUCUCCAUCUCCUCCUCCUCCUCCUUCUUCUUGCUUUUCACCAAGUUGUUCUGCGACUAA